AUGACAGACGCCAAAUGCCCCUCGAUGUCCAGGGUGGGAGGCGUGAACCCUCCUCCGCCGAAGUUCAAGAACCCAAAGAAGCCUGGUCGCCUCACCAACCAGCUGCAGUACCUGGAGAAGGUGGUAGUCAAGGCCCUGUGGAGACACAACUUCUCCUGGCCUUUCAGGACGCCUGUCGAUGCUGUCGGACUGCACAUUCCAGUGAGUCUCACUUUUUGUUACUUGCAAUGACUUUUUAUAUAUGGUUGUUUUUCCUUACUAUACUGAACAAAAAUAUAAACGCAACAUGCAAUAAUUUCAAAGAUUUUAUUGAGUUAGUUCAUAUAAGGAAAUCAGUCAAUUGAAAUAAAUUCAUUAGCUCCUAAUCAAUGGAUUUCACAUGACUGGGCAGGGGCGAAGCCAUAGGUGGGCCUGGGAGGAGCCAGGCCCAGGCAAUCAAAAUGAGCUUUUCCCCACAAAAGGGCUUUAUUACAGACAGAAAUACUCCUCAGUUUCAUCAGCUGUCUGGGUGACUGGUCUCAGACUAUCCCGUAGGUGACUAAGCCGGAUGUGGAGGUCCUGGGCUUGCGUGGUUACAGAUGGUCUGCGGUUGUGAGGCCGGUUGGACGUACUGCCAAAUUCUUUUAAAAUGACGUUGGAGGCUGCUUAUGGUAGAGAAAUUAACAUUCAAUUCUCUGCCAGCAGCUCUGAGGGACAUUCCUGCAGUCAGCAUACCAAUUGCACGCUCCCUCAAUUUGAGACAUCUCUGGCAUUGUGUUGUGUGACAAAACUGCACAUUUUAAUGUGGCCUUUUAUUCUUACCAGCACAAGGUGCACCUAUGUAAUGAUCAUGCUGUUUAUUCAGCUUCUUGAUAUGCCACACCUAUGUAAUGAUCAUGCUGUUUAUUCAGUUUCUUGAUAUGCUACACCUGUCAGGUGGAUGGAUUAUCUUGACAAAGGAGAAAUGCUCACUAACAGGGAUGUAAAGAAAUGUGUGCACCAAAUUUGAGAGAAAUAAGCUUUUUGUGUAUAUGGAACAUUUCUGGGAUCUUUUGUUUCAGCUCAUGAAACAUGGGACCAUCACUUUACAUGUUGCGUUUUAUGUUUUUGUUCAGUGUAAGUUGAGUGCACUGACCAAGUUGCUCUAGGUAAGUGUCUGCUAAAUUACUAAAAUGUAAUUGUCAAAUGUUUUAUUUUACUUGUUUAUUUUUCUGCAUUUCCUCCAUGCACGUCCAUCAUGGCCACUUAAGAAUCUUAACUUUUGUAUUUAACAACUUCCCAUUGUUUCUCUAUUUUAGGAUUACUAUACAAUUAUCAAGACGCCAAUGGACUUGAGCACCAUCAAGAAGCGUCUUCAGAAUAAUUAUUACUGCAAGGCAUUGGAAUGCAUACAGGACUUCAACAAACUCUUCACCAACUGCUAUGUAUAUAAUCGGGUAAGGAUUUUUUAUUUAUUUAUUUCAUAAUCGUGUUGUAUUCAUUCGCCACACACCAGUAGUGUAGGCCUACAUGGUCUCCUAUUGAAUGACAGAAAGCGCAAUAAUUGUGAUUACAUUUUUUCCAGCCUGGAGAUGACAUAGUUCUGAUGGCCCAAGCCUUGGAGAAGAUCUUCCUACAGAGAGUGGCUGAGAUGCCCCAGGAAGAGACUGAGAUAUCUGACAUCACAACCAAGACACCAGUGAAGGGUGGGAGGAAGUCCUCCUCUGCUGGUAGGCUGCACCAGCUGCUUAAUCGUGCACAUACAUUGUAUGCGUCCCAAAUGGGUGGCACCCUAUUCCCUUUAUAAUGAACUACUUUCGACCAGGGCCAUAGAGCGCUGUACUAUCUUUCAUGUAUUCCUAGGAGUACAUUCUGCCUGCUAAAUAUCUUCCUCUGUGUAGGUGUGGUGAAGCUGAGGCCCCAGUCCCCUGUGUCUGAGGUGGUGUUCCAGCAGACGGUGACAGUCAUCCCUCCUGAGGCCCUCCACACCGUCCCCCCUGCUGCCCAGCUCUCCUCACACAUAGCAGCCAAAGUCAGUACCUCUUCACAAUUACCUCAGUGUGUACUGUAUAUAUUUUGACAGCAGCUUUAACCUCUAUACCACUUAUACAUGCCACAUAAACAUCGCUUUUGUAGUUUACAGAAUACUUUGUAACAUGUAUACUGUGCAAACUCUGUUUAGUCUGUAUUUUGUGAUUGCAUUUCCACCCUUCUCAGAUAACACCCACCCCUGUUGUAUUCAUAUCGUUUCAGAUCAAGAAAGGUGUGAAGAGAAAAGCAGACACCACCACGCCGACAGCCUCUGCUCCGAUCACCAGCUGCAAGUCGUCCCCCAUCAUUGAUGGCUCGACAGCCUGUAAGCUGUUCUCCAGGCGGGGCAGCGGUCGGCCCAUCAAACCCCCCAGGAAAGACUUGCCGGACUCUCCCCAGCACCACCAGAGCAAGAAGAGUAAGCUCUCUGAUCAGCUCCGCUUCUGUAACUGCAUCCUGAAGGAGAUGUUCACCAAGAGGCACGCGGCCUACGCCUGGCCCUUCUAUAAGCCGGUGGAUACGGAGGCCCUGGGUCUACGUGACUACCACGACAUCAUCAUGCAGCCCAUGGACCUGGGCACCAUACGGGUUAGAUAGCCGUAUUACACUAAACUAAACUUGUGUUGAACAAGAGAGGCUAGUUAGUAUCUGCCAGGGUUACUUUGGUCUAGCUGUAUCUUGUUCUCUCUUACUAUUAUGAAGAUUACAGUAUUUGUGAUGACACUGAAGAUGUACGUGUUUUCUCACAGAAAAAAAUGGACGGACGUGAAUACAUGGAUGCCCAGGAGUUUGCUGCUGAUUUCAGACUCAUGUUUUCCAACUGUUACAAAUACAACCCACCCACCCACGAGGUUGUUAUUAUGGCAAGAAAACUCCAGGUAUGAUUGCCCUUGGUUUCAGCCAGUCCAGUCCCUAGAAGCUGUCUAAAUAAAUUGCGAUGCAAUAACGAAAGUACAAUAUGAAUUAAAAUAGAUGGUUGGUGAGAAGGUUUGACUAGAUGACAUGUGGCCCCUACCCACCAGGAUGUGUUUGAGGCACGCUGGCUGAAGCUUCCAGACGAGCCAGUGAGGAGUGCUGGUGAUCCAGGACACCACGGUCACCACAGGGACAAGAAAGGGAGAGGAGAUGGGCCUGAGAGCUCUUCCAGCACAGGCAGCAGUGACAGCGAGAGCUCCUCUGAAUCGGAGUCCUCCUCUGGCACGGAGGAGGAAGAGGAGGAGGAAGAAGAGGAGGAGGCCAGAGCUCUACGGCUGGCUAAACUAGAGGAACAGGUAUGUUGUGUCAUCUUACCUGGGCAUGCUGACAUUACUGUUCUGUUACCUACUACCUUGUAUCUAACUGAUUCCCCCUCUCCUCCUCUUCUUUUCAGUUGAAAGCGGUGCACGAUCAGCUACAGAAACUCACCCAGGAGCCCCUGCUCAAACCAAAGAAGAAAGAGAAAUCAAAGGAGAGAAGAAGGAAGAAGGAAACGAGUAGUAGACCGAAGCAUGAAGAAGACCUGAGGAAACACAAAGUACAGCAGAGGGGCAUCAAUAAGGGCACGCCUGCUGUGUAAGUGACCAAUACAUUGUUGAUAAAUUGCUCUAAUUGUGUUCUAAUCCCUAUCCCCAGUGGGACUCCUUUUCUUCAGCCAAUACACAGGAUUAUUAUCUAUUUUGUUCAAACUAUUGUUGCCAGUUGCCUAUGUUACUUUGAAACAAACUUCCAUUGUCCUAGAGUUUCUUAAUGUCUUUUCACCCCUCUGUAGGCACUGCAAGAGGAGGAGGAUGGCGCUCCCAGUGGUGCCCUACAAGUCUGAUGAGGAAGAGGAGCCAGCGGUGCCCAUGUCGUACGGUGAGAAGAGGCAGCUGAGCCUGGACAUCAACAAGCUUCCGGGGGACAAACUGGGCAAGGUGGUGAACAUCAUUCAGGCCAGGGAGGCAUCGCUCAGAGACUCCAACCCUGAGGAGAUCGAGAUCGACUUUGAGACCCUCAAGCCCUCCACCCUCAGGGCCCUGGAGAGCUUCGCCAUGACCUGCCUCAGGAAACGGCCCAAGAAACCCAAGCGUGAGUAGUUGUAGUACACACCUUUCUUUCUGAGCUUCCUUGGGGGUUGAUAAUUGCACAUAAUUUAGAUCUCUGUACUCCUGACCAAGGACAUUACCAGGCUCAAAUGACAUAGUUAUUUUCCAUCUUCUUUCUUCCAGUGAAUAAGCUGGUGAAAACCAAAGGAGAGAUGCAGACUGUGAAGAAGCAGGAUUCAGAGAAACAUCUCCAGAGUAUUACUGAGGAGCCGAGCUCACUGGCCAAGAAGAAAAAGACAACCAGUAAGUAAACCCUGAAGCUGUGGUAGCAUGGACCAGAGCCAUACAGUGUAAAUAAAGAGUUGGGCCAAUGCGGUUGAACGUUCCGAGAGCGCCACUUUCUCUUCCAUAGCCAUUGCUAAGUGAUAACGCUUUUGCUUCAUGAUGUUUAUUUCUGAUAGUUUUCAAAACCUAUGAAGAUGUCCAUUGAAAGCAGAUAUGCAAUUUGUUGACACUACAACACAGUAAAGACUUGGAUACACAUUAUCCCGAAUGCUAAUCAAUAACAACUUGUUUUGCUUGUUUACAGUGGGUCAUUUCUUAGGGAACAGUCGGAGGCGCUCUCGUUUUGUUACAUCACCAACGUUUCAAGAAUAAAGUUCUAUAUGGGCGCUAAUAUGGCGGCCGUUCUAAAACCUGGCCUCUCUCCCUCAAAUGUAUAUAUGGCUCUGUCAAGGACCAGUGUGUCUGUGAUCUAGGGGCCUUGUUGUCCUUAGGAGGGUCAGGGAAUAUGGGUUCUUCUAUGUUUUCUCUCUACUCUCCAAUAGUGAAUAACUCAACUGUGCAGUGCUUGCUUCAGUCUUUCUCUCUGUUGUCCUAUACGUGACAGUUGUCCCUCUCUGUUUCCCUCCAGAUGAGCUCCCCAUGGCUCCUGCUGUCCCAGACCUGACCCAGCCGUCCCAUCUCAGUGAGGGCAGCGGCUCUGACAGCUCCAGCAGUAGUAGUGAUUCUAGCACUUCUGAUAGCAGGGACUCUGAAUCAGGUUAGCUGUUCUCCUCAGCACUAAGCACUACCCUACCUACCCACUCCCUUUCCCCACUCUCUACACAGAGAACAAUAUAUGGCUUAAAACCCACUGGGAUUCUCUAGCCCCUGUAGCACAGAACUCCGUCACUUUUUCACCUGCUGGCAAAACCAUAAUACUUGAAGAAAUAUGAAUGUGUAUUUUUGUAUGUUUUAUUUUAUUAUUACGUACGCUUAGUCUGUCUAUAUAGCCAACUCUGUCACACAAACCUCUUCCUUCAGAUUAUUAGGGUGCUAUAUUUAUGUUUAAUAAUGUUAUUGUUUUGUUGCAGUUUCACUGAAUGUAUUUGACCUUCCUUUGAGGCCAGCCAGCCAGCCUUCUGUGCAAAAUGUCAAUUAUCCAACGGGCCCCAGACUGCUGCUACCGUCCAAAUCUGAAGUCAAUUAAGAAUAGGGACAAGUUCUUAAACUGCCCAUACAGACCAGGCACUAGUUAUAAGCUAAACAUCUUAUUUUCACUCCUACCGGUAGCUAUAAAUCUUUGAUAAACAUUGCAAAAAUCAGAUGGGUAGGGCUAGAGAAGUACCAGACAGCGUUACCAUGCUCUUCACCCCCCUCAUCUCACCCUCCAUACUCUGAACCAUUGCAGAGUCAAAGCUGGUCCUCAUCACUAUUACACUGGUUUUGAUUGUACUCUGAUUUUUGUACUUUCUGUGUUGGGUUUUUGCACGAUUUAGUAAGGAGCAAUAUUAGCUUAAAACGCAUACAAUCUAUGAUGUAUUUAAAGUACUCGACAGAUUGUAACGUUAAUGCAGACCUUGAUGGAGUAGGAUUUCUGCUGCACUACUGCAUUUUGUAGCCAGUGCUAAUGUUUUUUUGUUCCAGUUUAACCUAACAUAGUUAGAAUUUAAGCGUAUUUGUCUUGGUGGUCAACACCUAGAGGUUCAAAUAAAUACAUUUUGAUAGACAAUUUUACUGUUAAUUUGUGUUUUUCUUUUCAUUUUUGUCACAAAUCGUUAAAGCCUACUUGACACAUUUUGCUUGCAACCACAACUUAAGCUUUAACUGAAAAUUGGUAUGAAAGAGUAGUGAUUCCAGAGUAGGUCAGUGGAAUUGUUUUGGUAUUAUUUCAGGUUAGUGAAGUAGAUCUUAGUUUUUAUUUUCCAGUUAUCCAACAGUGGGUAAAUUAAACUACUAUUGUGCCUUUCUUUCAGUGAAAAACAAAAGCAAAGGCACACCCCACAAGGUCAAGACGAAGGUAAAUCUGUAACAUAGGCCCUACUUCCUUUAACCUAGUGGUCUAAUUCACAUGGUUAUACUUUCACUUUUGUGAUAUUUGGAUGAAUAUACUUGAAGGUUGGAACUACAGUGCAUUUUUAUUAUAAAUUGUAAGUCCUUUCCUUCCCAUCUGAAGUCUAAAAAGAAGAAAUCUGUGAAGAAAGGCUCAUCGUCGGAGUCUUCUCUCCAGACCAGCCAGCCCCCGCCUGCCUCUCCACCCCCAGCAGCAGUCACUAAAGGCCAGUCUACACAGCAACACCCAGCCCAGCCUCCUCUAGAUCUGCUCAUGUCACCCCCAGGUAAUAAACGCUUGUUGCCUUCACAUUCUGUGUGGGCUGUAAAGGAACUCGAUGGACAACCAUGCCAAGUUCUGUAACACUAUCUUUGAUUAUUUAAAGGUGGUUGACACUGCUCUUCCAAAGUCCUUAGUGUCAGCCCUAGCUAUGGAAAUGCAAUUUCUCCUGAAAGGAGCAGGUUUUAAGACCAUGGAAAGUCGCAGGCUGGACCGGGGCCCCUGUGGAAAUCACAUGAGGAUUGCAUUUUUUGUGUUCGAGAUGAAAUAGCUGGAGUGCCAGGUUUCUCUGGGCAGUGUUUCUGUGUCUCAUGGGUGUAGUUGAUUUUAGCUAUGAAGUCAGAUUGGAAUGGAAGCCUUGUCUUACUGUUUCUCUUGAAUCUCCCCCUCCCCACUUGUCUUCAGCCUUACACAGCCGCCUGCCUCCGCAGCCUUCAAGACCUAGUUCCAAAGCGGCACCACUACCUCGCAAAAACAUGGUGGCUCCCCUGCAGCUCACUGACAGUCAGCCCCAACUACAAGACCCCUCAUCUGAGAGCCCUACUACCCCCUCCCUCACUCCCCCUUCUUCCUCCUCCUGUGACCCCUCCCUGACUCUAACUCUGCCCACAGACCCACUCAGCACAACACCCACCCCCACACACAAACCUCCCUCCAGCCUACUCUGUUCGCCCCGGCCCCCUCCCUCUCCCCUAGCACACCUCCCCUCUCCUCAGUGUCAGUCACCAGGCCAGACACAGGAGGUGAAAACUGGGCCAGUUUAUCUCAAUCCACCUGAUAGGGCACAACAGGAAGGUAAGGUCUCUUCAGUCAGCUAAGCAUCACCCUCCCCCUAGCUUGUAGCUGUUAGCAUGUCCACUCCCCUGUGUGCUGCCUGCUUCUCAGCCCAUAGCUGAUCAUGUCUGUGUUGUCUGUAGAUGGUGUGUUUUGUCUCUUUGUUUACAGUGUGUUAUAGAUGCCAUGUCACCAUCGCUGUAGCACAGGCUGCAUAUCUUGUCCCGCUCUGCUCCCCAUCAACUGCUGCCUGCUUACAUCCACAGUGUUCGUGUCUAUGUGGAGAAUAAUACACUGCUUUGUUUUUCUCCUGUACAUCAGGUCUGUCUGCGCUGCUGUCCCCUCUGACCUCUCCUCCUGUAGGUUUCCUACAGGCUGCUGCCAGCAGAUAUGAGGUAUGCUCUCCUCUUCCUGUUGUUGAUGGAUGAAUUGUGACACUGGAUUUAAAUCACUGUUUAAAUAAAUGUCUCUGUCCUUGGCAUUUAUUAAUAUCGCAUGAGUUGAUUUGGUAUAUUUUUUUGGAAGGAAAUUUGAUUAAAAUUGAUACAAGUCUACAGUGUUAUUUUCCUUUCUGUUGCGAUUUUAAAUGUGUAUUUCACUUGCCAAGUCCUUAAUGAGUGGAGACAGCCGGUUGAUUGUGUGAAAUAGCAUUGGCCUUAGCCCUGGGAGUGGUAAUGGAGGUUUAACACUGUAAAUCUCACUUUGUGGUAGCAGCCGUGCCCAGUACUGUUGUCCCCUCUACAAGACAGCCCGUUGCAGCCUGUGAAGGAUGACAGGAGGCCCUCAGAAGCACUGGAGGAGACUCACUACAGGAUGCUUCAGAAACAGCCUAGUAAGCAGAACUGUGUGUCCGUGUACGCUGUGUAAAUGUUUUCCUUCAGAAUUUCUUUACAGAAAUUGUUUUAAUGGACUCUAUUUACUCUGCCUCCCCAGAUCCCAGACCCUCUGACAGUGUGAUUGAUGGUGGCAACACCAGCCUAUCUCAUCCAGCGAAUAAAACCACUGCAGACGGAAAAAACACGCCUGCCAAAAAAGUAAGCAAAUGUGAAUUAAACUUAACACUACCAUCAUUAAUUACUUGAAAUACACUGUAUACAUGCCCAUUGAUGCGUUUUAUAUUAUUUGUCCGAAAAAGGUAACUUCAUUUGUGAAACUAUCCUGUGUAGGAUAUUGUCCUGAAGAAUGCGGACUCCUGGGCUAGUCUGAGGAAGAUGUCCAUUUCCACUACCUCCACGGUGAGGUCAUCGAAGGAGAGCUUUGAUAAGUUUCGCAGGGCAGCCAUAGAGAAGGAGGAGCGAGAGAAAGCUCUGAUUCUAAGGAGGAUGCAGAUGAAGGAGAUGGCUUCUGGGAAGAGCAGGUAUUAUUCAUCCAUUCACUCAUAAACAUAUUUUCUUAAUUUAUUCUGUAGUCUUAUCAGUUUCAUAUCUUGUAGGUAAUGCUGCCUCACCCAAAAUACUCAAAUAAAACAGAUCUCUAUCAAUACGUGAGUGGUACUUGAUGUGCCAGCUGACAUUGUUGUGAUGUGUUCUGUUCAGCCUGACUAUGCCAGUAUCGGUGCCAGUACCAGUGCCACCUAGAGCAGCAGAACCGGAGCCCCUGCCCUGUAGAACUCCAACCCCAGAGCCAGCAGAGAUCCCCCUGCAGACAGAGGCCAUCGUGGAGCCUCCGCCUCCUAAAGCUCCAGAGACUCUGAAAGAGGAGCCUCCAGCGGCUGCCCCAACCCCUCCUCCGCCCCUCACUACUCAGACCUCUGUGGACAAGGAGAGGGAGAUGGCCCGCAGGAGAGAACAGGAGCGACGCAGACGAGAGGCUGUACGUUCCUUUUAUCUAACCUUUUAUACAGGUUAUUCUCAUUAAGAAAAUAUUUUUAACAAAAUACCUCCUGCAGUUCAUUGUUUUUUUUCUUCCAUGUAUCUUGUUAUGCCAGUCAUUCUUCUGUUCUUUUGUACAGUUUAAUCCCAGACUGUGUAAUCUCAUAACCUACGUCCUCUCCUUCCUCAGAUGUCUGGUAUCAUUGACAUGACCAUGCAGAGUGACAUCAUGGCAACGUUUGAGAAGAACCUGGACUAAACUAAAAUGGCAGCAGACAGUGCAGCUUGUGACCGACUGAUGUCUUCUGUUGUUGGACAACAAAUAAAUGAGCAUGGUGUUCCAGUAGACAGCACCCUAGGCUCCUUCUCUCCCUCCAGACACUGGCUGUCUGAACAGAGCGAGCUGCAUCUAAAUUAAGAAAACGGGUCAUUGUUGCUUUCCAAAUGACAAUCCUACCCCCUAUAUAGUGCACUACUUUGGGCUCUGGUCAAAAUUAGUACAAUAAUAGGGAAUAGGGAGCCAUUUGGGACA